UAGCAGCCACAAACAAGCGAAGGUUAAAGCAGCUGGUAAUGCAUAGAUUACUACGCAGCGUGGCAAUUUCCUGCCAUGCUGCUGCCGUCCAGCGCACGGAUCAUGGAGUACGCCGACUGAGCAUCACGGGCUCCGAUGUAGAUCCUGCCGAUGAGCAGGUACUGCGAAAACGUAAAUUUAAGCCGCACCAGCAAUCAGCUGAGCUCAGCGAGAAACUGGCCGGUCAGAUGCCCAGCCAGGCACGCGUCGUCAUCUGCGGAGGCGGCAUUACUGGCGCCUCGGUGGCGUAUCAUCUGGGUUUGAAGGGCUGGGGCGGUGAGACGUUGCUGGUUGAACAGGAUCGAGUGGGAGGCGAGCUGCCAUGGAGUGCGUGUGGAUUGGCCGGCCGAUUUGAGCGCAGUUACACAGAAUUGAAGCUGGCCGAGUAUUCGACUGAUCUGAUCAAGUCGCUGACAGAGCAGGGGCUUCCCACGGGCUGGCGGCAAGUCGGGAGCCUGAAUCUUGGGCGCAACUUCGACCGCAUGACCUCAUUCAAUCGCAUGAAAUCGCAGGCAAUUGCCUGGGGCAUGAACUGUGAGGUGCUGACGCCUGAGCAGUGUCUGGAGCGUUGUCCGCUCAUCUCGUUAGAUGGCGUCGAAGGCGGCCUGUGGAUACCCGAGGAUGGAGUCUGUGACCCUCAUCUCGUCUGUCACGCCUAUUUGGAGGAAGCCAAGCGCAUGGGUGUGCGUGUGAUAGAGUUCUGCGCUAUCAAAAAGAUUCACAGCGCACAUGGAAAAGUGGAGCGUGUGGAGACGACCGCUGGCGACGUGGCCUGUGAGUAUUUUGUCAAUUGCAGCGGUUUCUGGGCCCGCGAAGUGGGCACGUUGUCCAAGCCGGUUGUGAAGGUGCCCCUGAAGGCCGUGGAGCAUCAUUAUCUGCACACAAAACCCAUCGACCAAUUGGAUCCCAAUACGCCUUUCGUGCGCGACUUCGACGGACGCAUUUUUUUCCGCGAGUGCGAGGGCCACAUCCUAGCCGGUGGCUUUGAACGCGAGGCCAAGAUGGUGUACGAGGACGGCAUCAUACCAUUGUCACAGCAGGCGCGCCAGCAUCCGCCCGACUGGGACCACUUCCACGAACUGCUCGAUUCUCUGCUGCAUCGAGUACCCUCUUUCCGGGAGGCGAAGCUAGAUCGGCUGACCAACUCGCUGCAGGUCUUCUCGCCUGACUGCAAAUGGAUCUUGGGCGAGUCGCCUGAGAUACAAAACUAUUAUGUGGCAGCUGGGAACAAGACAAUGGGCGUCUCAGCUUCGGGCGGCAUUGGUCUGGUAUUGACGGAUCUAAUUACCAAGGGCUUCACCUACUUGGAUCUGCACAUUUUGGACAUCACUCGGUUCUUAGGUCUGCACAAUAAUCGUAAAUUUUUGCGGGAUCGCUGCAAAGAGGCACCCGGUAAACAUUUCGAGGUCAACUAUCCGUUCGAAGAGUUUCAAACGGGCCGCAAUCUUCGCAUGUCGCCCAUUUAUCCACAACUAAAGGAGGCAGGAGCCGUCUUUGGACAGUCCAUGGGCUAUGAGCGACCCAACUACUUCGAUCAGAAUGAUAAACAGGAUGAAUUUGGCUUGCCACGUUUCCGCAUUGCUCGUACGAAGACGUUUGGAAAGCCACCCUGGUUCGAUCACGUAGCCAGCGAAUAUAGAGCUUGUCGCGAGCGCAUCGGCAUUGCCGAUUACAGUUCCUUCACCAAAUAUGAUCUGUGGUCCAAGGGCAACGAAGUCGUUGAACUGCUGCAGUAUUUGUGCUCCAAUGAUGUGGAUGUGGCCGUCGGUUCCAUCAUACACACCGGCAUGCAGAAUCCCAAUGGCGGAUAUGAGAACGAUUGUUCGCUGGCGCGUCUCUCGGAGCGACACUAUAUGAUGAUUGCGCCUACUAUUCAGCAAACGCGCUCCAUGUGCUGGAUACGGAAGCACAUGCCCGCCCAUUUGCGGCCCAAGGUGAAUGUCGCCGAUGUUACCUCGAUGUAUACGGCCAUUUGUAUUUUGGGUCCGUACACCCGCGUCCUACUCUCUGAGCUGACCGACACGGACCUCUCCCCACGAAGCUUCCCAUUCUUCACCUAUAAGGAACUGGAUGUGGGCUUGGCUGAUGGCAUUCGCGUCCUGAACAUCACACAUACCGGCGAGCUGGGAUAUGUCCUCUACAUUCCCAACGAAUACGCUCUCCAUGUCUACGAGCGCUUGUACCAGGCGGGCCAAAAGUACAAUAUUCAACAUGCUGGAUACUAUGCAACGCGCGCCUUGCGCAUUGAAAAGUUCUAUGCUUUUUGGGGUCAGGACCUGGAUACCUUCACCACGCCAUUGGAGUGUGGACGCAGCUGGCGCGUUAAAUUCAAUAAACCCAUCGAGUUCAUUGGACGGAGUGCGUUGCUGAAGCAGCGAGAGGAGGGCGUGAAGCGAAUGUACGUGCAGCUGCUGCUCAACGAUCACGACCACGAGGUGGACAUGUGGUGCUGGGGCGAUGAGCCGAUCUAUCGCGAUGGCGUGUAUGUGGGCAUGACGACGACCACGGGCUAUGGCUACACGUUCGAGAAGCAGGUGUGUCUGGGCUUUGUGCGCAACAUCGAUGCAAAUGGCCAGGAGUUGCCCGUGACCAGCGAAUAUGUCCUAUCCGGUCACUAUGAGGUCGAGGUUGCUGGGGUGCGGUUUGAGGCGAAGGUGAAUCUGCAUUCACCGAAUCUGCCCACCAAAUUUCCGGAUCGCGAACGCGAGGCUUAUCAUGCGACACGUGACAGGCCCGACCAGGCGGAUCUGCUGUCCUUCAGCUCUAAUUUGACGACGACUGGUCAGUAGGCGACUUGCAGUGAACUUCUUGCGUCCGAAUAUGUUGACGCUGUUUUGCAGUUUCGUUAAAGUUUUUCGAUUCUAAGCCCAUUGUGUUAUUGUGAGUCUCAUGCAGAGAAGCGAUAUAUGCAUAUGUGUAUAAUCCUAUAUAUAUAUACAAUAUAUGUAUAUAUGCAUAUCUGGUACUAUAUAGUCCAUGGAGCGAGAGAGAUAGAAAGUGAAGAAAGACGGAGAAAGUUCUUAUUUGCUCAAUCGCUUCCGCUCAGUACAGUUGUGUCCAUAAAACUAAUUAUAAUUCAUAAUGAUAAUUGAAGCCCAAAGUGUAUUAAAAAAAGUGCAGUCAAUUAUUGACAGAAUGUUGACAUUUGUAAAACUAAUAAUUUAUUGAAACUUUUUAGUCAAUUUUUACCAAAUUGGAAAAGAAUAGGAAACAAAUCAAACAUAGAAAUUAACAAACAAACGCUGUUUUAUUGGCAGCUGAAAAAGAUCAAAUUUUGUUUAAUUUGAAAGUUUUUCACUGCCUCCAAUGAAAUGCUGUGAACAACCGAUGCGACCGAUAAACAUAAACACCGACACACAAACACACUAAUAUACGCACAUAAGCCAAAUGCUUGCCCAUGAAGUGCCUUGAAAGAGCAGCUUUUUACUUAGAGUUUUCGUGUAAAAGCCCAGUGUCCGUUUAUUUGAGAAUAGUUGGCCUUUUGUUUAGGCGAGUUUUUUAGUCUCAAAACUCACACUCGCCUGUAGAGACGUUAUGAGAGUGCCAGUUCCAUUUCAAAUUGCUUCAACAAAUGUAUUUUGUUUUUAAUGACGCCUCUUUAAUUUAACUUUAGAAAUGUGUUGAAUAUAUUUUUCAUUAUUUCUCUGAUUCAAAGAAUGCAAAAUGCUAAUUUUAUAUUAGAAGGCAUAGUAUGAGUUCAUUGGCACUUCUAGAGCGGGCUGCAUAAUACAAACACAUCUAAAAAUAAGCCAUAAUAUUUAUACGCAUUUUCUAUGUUGUGUACUAUUUAUAUACUUAUAUUGAAUUUGAAAUAAAAAUUGUUAUACUUUGAUAUUUAUAUA